AUGACUGUCCUCGAGCAAACCCCGAGAUCCGAUACAGUAGACUUGGACUACUGGGCACGCCACGCUGUGCCUAUCCUCGCCUCUCUUUUGAAAUCUGCCGAGUCCUACUCGCCAGCUGAUCAGGACGCCCAUCUCCGUCUUCUGACCGACCAUGUGCUCCCAAAUCUUGGUCCGAGGCCGUCCGCGGCCCACACUGGCUCUCUGUUGACACAGAGUGGUUCUCCCUUUCAACCCAGCCUCAACCUCAGUGCUGGGAAGCCUAUCGUGCGAUAUUGCUGGGAGCUUUUGGGCGCUGAUGGAGGCAGCGACACGGACCCGUUUGCUGUAGACGCGGCGCAGAAAAUACUGUUCUCUCUCUCCAAGACCCUGGGUUUCAGCACUCAAUGGAGUGAUGAAUUACUCUCUGCCUUCGCCCCGACGCCCGAGGAGGCUCAAGACGUCCGGGAAAGGCUCCCGAAAUGGUUAGCGAACUUCACAUCGGCGGAAGCAGGCGUUCCCUCUUUGAAGCGACUUCCGUUCUCGUUUGUCGCCUUUGAGUUGAAAGGCUCCAAGACAUCGACCAAGGCCUACUUCAACCCCAAAAUCAAGGAGGUAGCGACCGGAGUGCCGGCAAAUGACAUGGUUUGGCGCGUCCUUCGCGAUCUGAAGCCCGCUCUGAACGUGGAGUCGAUCGACAUUGUGGCGAAAUUCCUUAGUGAACGGGAUGUUCCUUCGACCAUUGAGCUGGUGGGAAUCGACUGCGUUGAUGACGCUCGUCUCUCAGACGCAAGAGUGAAAAUCUAUGUCCACACCAGGAGCAACUCUUUCAACACGGUGCGGGAUUACGUGACAUUAGGCGGCCGUUUGCAGGAUGAGAGGGCGCUAAAAGGCCUGGCCUCCCUGCGAGAAAUCUGGCACCUCCUGCUCCAGGAGCCCGAAGGCAUACCGGAUGACGAUUACAACAAGCCUCUGAACGACGGUUCAAUGCUUUGCCAGAGUUUGUAUUUUAGCUUUGAGAUGAGACCUGGUGCCGCUUCCCCCGAAGUUAAGACCUACUUACCAACCUGGAACUACGUACGGAGCGACGAGGAGACUGUGCGGAAUUACGAAGAGGUUUUCCGGAAGUGUGGCCAGGCGUGGGGCCACGAGGGAAGAUAUAAGAAAGCUUUUGAGGGCGCUUUCGGGCCGGUCAACCACAACCGGAAAAAGCCAGUCCACCUCGACGCAUCUUUCCUAUACUCCGAGAAGAAUGGGAUAUAUCAGACAUUGUACUUCAGCGCGCCUCUGGUCGCAGAAGAGUGA